AUACAACCCCCUGACUUUAUCCCAUCACCAUGGACUUGUUAGCAUCGUUGAACCUGGAAAAUCUCCCAGAACARCAAACCAGAAUCCAGACGCUCUUUGGAAACGACCCCAAUUUCGACUUGAAACUUGGGUUUGAUUCUUGCUGUGCUUGCGGAAAAGCAUCUCCAAAAAUUGACUGCUCGAGCUGCCAUCGGGUGAAAUACUGUUCGAAAGCUUGCCGCGACAAAGAUUCCGCCCCAAGUGGAAUAUACAGUGACGAUAACAGCGAAGGCGGAGAGCGAGCUCUGGGGCACUCAUCUAUAAUCUGCGCUCUUCUUGGUCUCUGCAACGACGACGAAGUGGUUGAAGCUGGCGACAAAAAGGAACUUUCUUCUUUUUCCGAUGAUAGACGAACUGCUGCUACCGAUCGAGUCGCUAGUGAAUUUGAAUCWUACCCGGCGACCCUGGCUAACGUCCUUAUAGAAGGCCCGUGCUACCAGGAUGCACUACAGAAAUCUGUGGGAUCAACCUUGACGAUUCAUGUAAUUGGUGCUUCGACAGAUUCUGAGUUAUGGGAAGGCCAUCCUAGUAAAGAGCAGGAACGCAAUGUCUUCAGUUGCUACGCAGAUGCAUUGGCUGAGGUUGCCGAACAGUACAAAAUGAAAUCAAUUCUUCUGCAAUUCUUUGGCCCUCAAUGCCCUAAAACAAAUAUCAACGAAACCCUUGAUAUACCACCCGUACAAGCAAAACAAUCAUCGACCAAACUACGAGUCACCACUUCCAAUGCCGAUUACGAUGGAAGGUCUACAAAUAAACAACAGAGCUCUCCAGACAUCCUUGUAUUUUUCAAUCCCGGAUUUACGUGCCCAGAUUAUGAAUGGGAGAAGACUCUCUUGUCUUGCAUGAAGGAAAAUCGAUUUCCCUUUCUUGUCACUACAAAUACCGAAAUGGAGGCCGUGGCAGAUGUCCAAUUCUUAUUUGACAAAAAGUUUUUUGAGGACAUUCCGCCAACUUUGAAGUUCAUUCUCGAAAAUACCGAGGACGCUGCAAACGAAAUGGAGGGAACAGGCGAAGAUGAUAGCUUCGAUUAUGACACCAGCUCGUUUUUCAGCCCUAAUCCAUAUUGUGGUCUAAGAGUAAGACAGAGUGGAACCAUGGCAAAUGAUGUGUAUGUCAAGAGUCGUUGGAUAUACGGCGGUUUCUCUGGUCCCAUCAGAGAAACCGCAUCAAAAAAGUCGACAACCACAUCUUCGAAGGGAAAAAGGAAGCGCGUGGAUGCGGCGAACGCAAACAGUAAAAAGACGAAUCCAGCUUUAGUGUGAUCGCUUCAUUGAUUUAUUUAUCUAUGUGUUUUGUAAUUCCAUACAAUAUUAUUUGAUAAGUUCUAGUGCAGUAUCUAUGCAGUUGCAAAUUGGAUGCGUACCUUGUAGCGUGUGCGAGCUUGAGCUGACAAGAUGAUAUACAGGCAUUUGGAGAUAGAGGAUACGUCCUGUGGUAUCAAAGUAGGAGAAGGGCCAAAGUUGUGCUCAAUAAURUUGAAAUGACAGCGUUUCGGUGGAAUGGCRGCACGACAGAAAAAGCUGCCGAUGGUUCAGAUAUUCUCGAUUUCAUACUGCCGUUCGAAGCCUGUCUAAACCUCUCUAACGUUGGACCUUGGCUGACGGGAGGAUUUGUUGUUGUCGGUUGUGCUGUCGGUUGCAUGGUUUGUGUUGGCUCAAUAGAUAAUGUCGGGGUCGCAGACGGAGUUGCUGACGGAGUUUCAGUCGGUUCUGCCGAAGGCGUUAUUGUAGGGGCCAUGGACCAUUUGUCUUUACGUACAUCAUACAGACGAGAUCAAAAGUGAGAACGUGAAAAACGUGGCCUGUCGAAAUAGGAUGAUGGGAAAGUACAUUUCGUUGCACUUCGUAAUUCGAUUCAAACAUCAUUCAAUACAAGGCAACGCCAUGUAUUUUAUCCUUACCACAGUGCAUGUAACUAGGAGGUUCGACUGAAUGCAAGCAAACAUGUUCUUCAAUAAAUUCAUAGACACGCCAGUAACUCAAUCGACUAUAAACGCCUGGCAAUGUCCCAGCACAUUCRUAGCCCCAGCUUUGUUCCCGUCGAAAUCAAAGGAAAACCUCGCAUUGGUUAGUAGAGACCUGGGUGGCAAAGGUCUCCAGUUGGGAGUUAAAGGCAGAGACAUUGGUACCUUACUGCAAGUCAUAAAAUACGAGUAUGAGUUGAUACACUUACCUCACGAGUCCGAUCUGUCUAUCGUACUCUUCGGUUACUCCUUUGAGAAUCAAAGGGGACCCACUGUCCCCGUAACAUGAGUCCUUCCCAGSCGAACCAGCACAUAACAUAUCGGGGUAGAGAUCUCCGUCCAAUGUUAUUCCGUGUUCGUCGAUAAUCUCACUGCAUUCGCUAUUCACAUCGUAUUCUACAGUAGUUUCCUGCACUGCUUGGGGAAGUUCCCAGUCACCGUUGUAUCCCAUACCGACCACCGUGAGUAUGGUUCCAUCCGAUGGUACGUAGUCGUUUCUAUUGAUUUCAACAGGUUUGCCCAUUUUUGAUGUUUCGUUCAAUUUCAACACCAUGACAUCAAAACGAGUUGUUUCUUCGUCGUAGUCGGGAUGCAUUGUUUCUGAAAAUGAUACAAAUGUCUCUGACUCGUCCAAAAUGUCAUUUUUCAUGUACUUCCCAAUCUCAAUUUUAUUAAAGGAUCCGAUGCAAUGCGCCGCAGUCAAAACCAUGUCUGGAGCGACCAGGCUACCCCCACAUUGGUGUCCCUUUYCCCCCCAUUGCAAGCUGACCUGUGCAUAYGAAUAACGAUCUUCAACGGUGUCCCAUCCUCCAUGAAUCCUCGGUCUUUUCACGGGGAUACCAUUCAAUUGACGGUCUACCUCAGGCAUAGUCGUACUUGCUGCCGACGUCGACAUCACCGAGAAAGUGUAGGUAAUCCAUGCUAAUGCUAAUGAUCGUKCACACAGACUGGAUAUCAUGGUAGGAAAUUUAAGCAAGAGGUCCCGCUGUGUAUUUUCAACUGAUUGUCCAUUAAUGUUCCGAUGGUGUAGUCGGCGUGUUUAGAAUUGCUGAGGCGUUUGACCGGUACAAGAUGUGAAUGUACGGUAUGACGGAUUUCUUUUUUUGAAAUAAUCACAUUUUCACUUA